GAGUCAACAAUAUUUUCCGUGUUCGUCACAUUAUUGGUGAUAUUUUACUUAUUAAAAUAUAAUAUUAUAAUAAUUAUAAUAUUUAAUAAUAUUAUCGUUUGAUGGUUAUUUCAUCAGUCGUUCUGUUCAAUUCGUGUAAUUGAAAUUAUAAUUUGUAAUCGUGUCAAGCCGUACAAUUUAACUUGUGAAUUUCAUCAGUCGUUCUGUUCAAUUUGUAUUUCGUACGUUGUGUACUGACUCGUGUCAAGCCGUACAAUUUAACUUGUGUGCACAAAUCUUACAAUCAUGUGGUCAGUUAUUAAUUUUAUUAAUGACAAUACUGUUGAAGUUGUACCAUCGUUUUGGGUCCACAAAACUAAUUGUGCAUGGCCAAAAAAAAAUGCAGCACAUUUUAUAAAACGAAGAAUUCCUCCAAAUAAAUUUGAUUUUAACUACUUACCAGCCAAAAAAAUGUGUAAUGAUUUAGAUGACUAUAUUAUAGCUAAACAAAAAGCAAAAGCAUCUGAAGAUACUUCAAAUAUUUCGUCUUCAAAUGAAACUUAUGAGGAAAGACUCACACGGUUCCAAAAAACCAAGAAAAAGGUUAUGAAAAAUAAUUUAAAAAUUAAAGAGAAACUUAAGUGGAACACCAGUUCUUUAGAAAGCCCAACUUCAUCUAUCGAUGAAGAAGAAGACAGUUCAGAAAAAGAUCCAGGCUAUUCUAAAAAUGUUAUUUGUGAGAAAAAUACUAUAAUACAUGAAACACCACCUUCUAAGCAAAAAUUAAUCUCUAAAGAUCUUCCACAAACUUUUCCUGGUACAUCAUUUAAGAGCAAACUAGACUUUAGUACAAUGAACAAAUGCAAAUCUCUGAGCCCAAAACCUAAAAUGUCUAAUGCAAUCAAUUUUGAUGAAGUAGAGAAGAUAAUAACAACUUCAUCAUCGCCAUUCAAAGUAACAGUCAGUAAUUCUAUUCCGCAUUCUAAUAAUGAUAUUUUAACCAAAAUCAAUCGAACAACAUUAAAUACAUGGUAUGAAAUAAAAGGGUUAGUAGAAAGGAUUGAAAGUCUCGAGAAUGCACUUUUAAACAAAGGUUUCAAAGAAGUUUUCAAUGAUGAUUUGGAGAAUGGUUUAAUAUUUUCACUACCUCUAUCAAAUGAGGAAGAAUUGGAAAUCUUUGAAAAAAAACUUCUAGAUACAGCAUUUAACAAAAAAUUGAUUUCAGAAUUAUCUCGUUUGGUGCGUGGAACUCUACCAAGCACAGUACGUUCCAUCAUGUGAUAUAUGUUUAAAGACCAACUAUUAGAACAAUAUAGUUUCAAAGGCCAGAAAAAAAAAAAAAGUAUUUUAUACUUUAAAAUGUUGUUCAGUUAUUUUUGACUCUAUUAAAAAAAUUAACAAAUUUCAAAACUUCAAUUCAAUUGAUGUGGAGACACCGAUCAAAGUAUUCAUUGCUGGGGCCAAAUUCAGAAAUAAUAAGACAGA